AUGAAUGUAGAGUGUGUUUUAAAAGCUGCAACUACGGUUGGAGAAGGACCACACUGGGAUGACGUCACCAAUACACUUCUGUUCGUAGACAUAUAUGGCAAUAGUAUCCACAGAUACAAUCCAGAAACAGGGGUAGAUGAUAAAUUUGAGCUGGAUGAUCCAGUUGGAUUUGUUGUUCCCGCCAAAACUGGUGGACUGAUAGCAGGGGUGGGUCGUUGUUUGGUACAUGUGGACUGGGACACAAAGAAGGUGACCAAACUUCAUGAGGUGGAACAAGGUUUAGAUACACGAUUUAACGAUGGCAAAUGUGAUCCUAAAGGUCGGAUAAUUGCUGGAACGAUGGGUCCAAUUGUGCCAGAUGUGGUAAAUAUGCCUAAGAUUGGGAACCUUUAUUGUUUGGAUUUGGAUGGUAGUCUCCGCACGUUGGUGAAAGGCGUUGGUAUUUCCAAUGGCCUGGCGUGGACAGAGGAUACAAAGACAAUGUAUUACAUUGACUCCACGCCUCGACAGAUCUACAGCUUCGACUACAAUGCUGCAUCUGGAGAACUUACAAAUCAGAAAGUAAUUGUGGAUACUACUGGGAGGCCCCUUGAAGAGAUCGGUGUUCCUGAUGGUAUGACCAUUGAUACAGAGGGUAAACUAUGGGUAGCAUGCUUCUUCGCUGGAAAAAUUGUUCGAUAUGACCCCCAAUCAGGGUGCGAGCUGCAAAGUGUUAACAUUCCGUCUGCAUUGAGAAUUACAUCUCGCUGUUUUGGCGGAACUAAUUUAAAUGAACUCUAUGUCACGUGUUCAGUAUACGAUGCACACAAAGAAGAACUACAAAAAUACCCAUUAUCUGGCUCAGUUUUUCAGGUCACUGGACUGGGGGUCAAGGGUUUUGAAGCAAAUGCAUAUGAAGUAAAAAUAAAACUUUAG